AAAGAAAAUCCUCCUCUAAUGCGACAUAAGUCAUCUGCAGACCAGAGAAUAAGAAGUUCAGAAAAUGCAUGUUGUACUUUGUACACUGCUGAUACUUCAACUUGGAUGUUGUACAGAUGAGGGAUUUGAAAUAAAGACAGUAAACGCUGGAGAAGAUGUGACCCUGUCCUAUUACAACAAUCAUAAAGACUUUAGAACAUUUUUCUGGGUCAAAGUUGUUCCUGGAAAAAUGCCUGAAAUCUUAGGAAAGGGACACAAGUAUGAUGCUGGAGAGAAGAAGAUCGGUCAUUCUUCAACCAAACAAGAAGAAGGAAAAUUUAUUUUUCAAAUUGCAAAAGCAAAACCGAGUGACUUAGCCUUCUAUUACUGUUUAACCCUUGUAGACUACGACAUAAUCUUUAGGAAGGCAGUGCUUCUUGACGUUAAAAGACCACGCUCUAAUUUUCCUGCAGUGGUUCAAAGUUCUGUUGAUCCGGUUUCUGCAGGAGACGUUGUGGCUCUGCAGUGUUCAGUUCUCUCUGAGUUUAAAAAUGAUGCAUGUCCAGAGGAACAGAGAGUGUUCUGGUUCAGAAAGACUGAAGGGGAAUCUCAUCCCACUUAUAUUUACGCCAGAAGAAGCAGUGAUGGUGACUGUGACGGGGGUACAGAGACUCAGCCUCUGCAGAGUUGUGUCUACAGCUUCUUGAAGAACGUCAGCUCCUCUGAUGCUGGACUUUACUACUGUGCUGUGGCUGCAUGUGGAAAAGUGGUUUUUGGAAAUGGAACAAAACUGGAUGUUCAAGGUGAUGGCACUCAUAACAACUUAUUUUUCUUUCUGUUUGUUGGAACCUUGGUUUUCAGUCUCAUGAUGGUAACAUUUCUGAUUUGUGUCGUAUCAAAAAAGUCUUGUGAUGUCUGCAAAGUGUAUUUGGCCUGUAAAGCAAGGUCUGAAACAGUCAAAGAUGAACAGCAAAGCCAAGAGAUAAAUCAAAACAAUGUCGUUUAUGCUACAACAGUCUUUGCCAAGAAAAAAGCUGAUAAGACAAGGGGAAGAAAAGGAGCAGCAAAGGAAGAGACCAUCUACAGUGAUGUGAGAGUAUAUGAGGAAGAUUAACACUGCAUUACACUGAAAACAGGAAAUCAUAUGUCUAUGAUGAUUGUAUGAUCUUUUAACAGAAUUGAGCACAAAUAUAUACAUUUCUUUUAGUUCAAGAUUUGCAUUUGACAUUUGUCUAAAACUGUUUUUAAUUCUGAAGCUUCAAAAACCGAAAGACCUGAUGUUAAAACUUUGAUGUAUUACUGCCUUGAAAAAAUCCCUGUAAUCAAAAUUUCAUUUUUUUUGAAUGUCAGUAAAAUGAUAAUAAAGUCAGAAUAUUUGAACUGUACUGCAAAUGUUCCUGUAAAAA